AUGGCUGGCUGUGUGUUUCCAAUGGGACCAGAGAGCUUUCAGCGCUUCACGCCGGACUCCCUGGCGGCCAUCGAGCAGCGCAUCGCCCAGGAGGAGGCCCGACGCAAAAAACAUUACCAGGAGGACCUGGGCGAUGUGCAGAUCCUCAGGGCCCGGCCCGACCUGGAGGCUGGAAAACAGCUGCCGCGCAUCUUCGCCGACAUCCCGUCUCAUCUGGUGGGCGUUCCCCUGGAAGACAUCGACCCGUACUACUUCAAAGACAAGAGGACCUUCAUAGUCCUGAACAAAGGGAAGGCCAUCUUCCGUUUCAGUGCCACAUCAGCUCUCUACAUCUUCAGCCCUUUCCACCCCAUCCGCAGAAUCGCCAUCAAGAUCCUCGUCCACUCAUAUCCUUUCACUGAACUCUGCGUUGACGUCUUCCCAAAAGACGACAUCAGCCUAUCGGAGGGCAGCACGGUGGACCUGAGGAAGCCAGGAGAGGAAGAGGAUGAGUACUCAGAGAUGGCCGAAGAAGCAAUGGACCCUGACAACUGCUUCCCAGACUUCUGCGUGGCCAGGUUUCAGUGCUGUGACAUUGACACCACGGUGGGUCUGGGUCAGAUCUGGUGGCGACUGAGGAAGACCUGUUUCCAGAUCGUAGAGCACAGCUGGUUUGAGUCCUUCAUCAUCUUCAUGAUCCUCCUCAGCUCUGGAGCGCUGGCCUUCGAGGACAUCUACAUCGAGCAGCGGCCGGUGGUCAAGGUGGUGCUGGAGUACGCAGACAAGAUCUUCACCUACAUCUUCAUUCUGGAGAUGUUGCUCAAGUGGCUCGCCUACGGAUUCAAGAAGUACUUCACCAACUACUGGUGCUGGCUCGACUUCCUCAUCGUCGAUGUGUCUUUGGUCAGUUUGGUUGCCAACACGUUGGGUUAUUCAGACUUUGCAGCCAUCAAAUCGCUGCGGACGCUGCGGGCCCUGCGUCCCCUCAGAGCCCUCUCCAGAUUUGAAGGCAUGAGGGUGGUGGUGAACGCUCUGAUCGGGGCGAUUCCCUCCAUCAUGAACGUGCUGCUGGUCUGUCUCAUCUUCUGGCUCAUCUUCAGCAUCAUGGGCGUCAACCUGUUCGCCGGGAAGUUCGGCCGCUGCGUGAACCGGACGGGGCACAUCUAUGAGGCCGCCUUCAUCAACAACAAGUCGGAGUGCGACGCGCUCAACGACACCUCGCUCUUCUACUGGACCAAAGUCAAAGUCAACUUCGACAACGUUGGCGCCGGAUACCUGGCUCUACUGCAAGUGGCGACAUUUAAAGGCUGGAUGGACAUCAUGUACGCAGCGGUGGACUCACGAGCUGUGGAGGAGCAGCCAAUCAAAGAGAUUAACCUUUACAUGUACCUGUACUUCGUCAUCUUCAUCAUCUUCGGCUCCUUCUUCACCCUCAACCUCUUCAUUGGUGUCAUCAUCGAUAACUUCAACCAGCAGAAGCGAAAGUUAGGAGGGCAGGACAUCUUCAUGACGGAGGAGCAGAAGAAAUACUACAACGCCAUGAAGAAACUAGGCUCCAAGAAACCUCAGAAACCCAUCCCCCGACCUACGAACUCGGUGCAAGGCUUCUUCUUCGACCUGGUGGGGAAGCAGGUGUUCGACAUCAUGAUCAUGAUGCUGAUCCUCUUCAACAUGAUCACCAUGAUGGUGGAGACGGACGAGCAGUCUCCUCAGAUGGAGUACAUCCUGAACAACAUCAACCUGGUCUUCAUCAUCGUCUUCACCAUGGAGUGCCUCAUCAAGAUCGUGGGGUUGCGCUGCUACUUCUUCACCGUCGGCUGGAACAUCUUCGACUUCGUUGUCGUCAUUCUCUCCAUCGUCGGUAUCGUGCUUGCUGACAUCAUCGAGAAGUACUUUGUGUCACCAACGCUGUUCAGAGUGAUCCGAUUGGCCCGUAUUGGACGCAUUCUACGUCUCAUCAGAGGCGCCAAGGGCAUCCGGACGUUACUGUUCGCCCUCAUGAUGUCACUUCCUGCCCUCUUCAACAUCGGGCUCCUUCUCUUCCUGGUCAUGUUCAUCUACGCCAUCUUCGGCAUGGCAAACUUCGCCUACGUGAAGCGGCAGGCGGGCAUCGACGACAUGUUCAACUUUGAGACGUUUGGGAACAGCAUGAUCUGUUUGUUCCAGAUCACGACGUCAGCGGGAUGGGACAGUCUGCUCAGCCCCAUCCUCAACAACUCCCCCGAGGAGUGCAACCCCAACAUCCCCCACACCGGCACCAACGUUCGGGGUAACUGCGGGAACCCGUCAGUGGGUAUCACCUUCUUCGUCACUUACAUCAUCAUCUCCUUCCUCAUCGUGGUGAACAUGUACAUCGCCAUCAUCCUGGAGAACUUCAGCGUGGCGACGGAGGAGAGCACCGAGCCGCUGAGCGAGGACGACUUUGAGAUGUUCUACGAGGUUUGGGAGAAGUUCGAUCCGGAGGCCACGCAGUUCAUAGAGUACGCCAAACUAUCCGACUUUGCAGACUCGCUUUCGGAGCCACUGCGCAUCGCCAAGCCCAACAAGAUCAAACUGAUCUCCAUGGACCUGCCCAUGGUCAGUGGGGACAAGAUCCACUGCCUGGACAUCCUCUUUGCCUUCACCAAGCGCGUCCUGGGUGAGUCGGGCGAAAUGGACGCCCUCAAGCAGCAGAUGGAGGAGAAGUUCAUGAUGGCCAACCCGUCCAAGAUCUCCUACGAGCCAAUCACGACGACUCUGAGGCGCAAACAGGAAGACGUCUCCGCCGCAGUGAUCCAGAGGUGCUACCGCAGACACCUGGUGAGGCGGCAGAUGAAAGCUGCGUCGUACUUGUACCGCCAGAUCACCACACCUCGGCACGCUGGAGACGACGGCGAGGAAGAUGGCGAGAGAGUGUUCGAGGAAGCGCCAGAGAAAGAAGGGUUGAUCGCCGCCAUGAUGAGGGAAAACUACGGCUCAAGUUUGUUAGGGAUGGAACGCUCCGAGACGAUUUCCUCCACCUCGUCCCCGCCGUCCUACGACAGCGUGACGCGAGCCACGUCGGAGAUCUUUCACCCGCUCGCCGUCAAGACAGAAACAGUCGCUGUUGACACCGCAGGCAGUGAACCAAGCGAACAAUCGGAAUCAGCGGUCGCCCCUGACAGACAACAGGAAACGGUGCCGUAG